AUGGGCUGGUGGUCGUCGAAAUCUCCCGCUCCUCCAAAUGUGGAGUCCCAAUCAACUCCUUCUCCCCCCUCAGACACCCUCCCAACACAACCAUCACCACCAUCACCACCGCCGCCGCCGCCGCAACGAACCCUCAGUCGCGAAGAACAAGCAGAUGCCGAAUUCAAACAACUCCUCGCAAGUCUAGAAAGCGACAUAAACCGAUCACCAAAUUCCUCCCCAGAACAAUCCUCAUCCUCCCCCUCCACACAGUCUCCCGAAUCCGACUCCGCCCCUGCUUCUAUAGCUCCCGAAUCCCUCUACCCUGAUUCCAUGUCCUGCCGGACUGCAUUCGACUACGCCUUCUUCUGCCAGUCGCUAGGCGGCCAAUUUGUCAAUGUCUACCGAUAUGGAGAGCUCCGGUCGUGUAGCGAGCACUGGGAUAAUUUCUGGCUGUGUAUGAAGACCCGCACGUUUAGGGAUUCGGAGCGCAAGCGGAUAAUCCGGGAUCAUUACCGAAAGAAGGCCAUCAAGUAUAAAACAGGGCCGAGUAGCGAGGAUGUUUGGGAGGUGCGAAUGGAGCCAAUGAAUGAGGCGUUCCAGGGUGAUUUUGCGGCGUUGGAAAAAGAAAUGAAAGCAGAG